GCUACUAGUUGGCGAUGGAUGCAUCGCUGAUGCAAUCAUUUGAUCAGCUCUGUCUUUUUAGUAUUCCUUCUGCUGACUUGCCUAAAUUAUUCACAAAGAAUGAACUGAGCUUACACUUCCUUCUGGGGAAAAAUAAGGUUUUAAAUGGCAGUCUGUGGUGCUGUGCUGUGCAUUUGACUACCUCCUUGUCUUCAAAUCACUUACCUCGUGGUUCAAGUCCAUGUCCAUCUGAGUGAGUUGAUUGAGAAUUUCAAGGGCCUCCGCGACGGUAGAUGUCGCAGUAGGCUCUGAUGGGCGAAAACAAAUGACAAGCGAUUCACGUUGGGUCCAAGUCGGGUGAGUGCAAGAUGGCUAACCACAGACAUGGACGUGAUCAUGGGAAAGAAAAGAAGUCAGACGAAGGUCCAUCAGUUGUGGAUCUAUUACUGCAUCCCGAGCUCCUGUCCGAGGACUUCAUGAAGUUGAUUUUACAUGAGAGGAAUAUUCAGGUGGACAAUGAUGGAAACCAGGACCAGCUUAGGGAGCUGUACAUGCGGCAUGUCAUCCCUCUGCCUCAGCGAGAACUGCCAAAAAGCCGCUGGGGAAAGAAAAUGCAGAAGACUAGAGUGGAGCAGAGGUCUUCGCAGUCUCAGAGUUACAGCUCAAGCAGUGACACAGGAAGGAAAAGGCCUCUAAUUGUGUUUGACGGGAGCUCCACGGGGAGUGUUAAGAUAAAGAAGCCUGACCCCCUGCCUUCACCUGGGGCCACAGACCGCCUGAAGCCUCCUCCAUCAAUGAAUAUGACCAACCCCAUCCGCAAGCUGUCAAGCUCCUCAUCAAAUUCUUCAUUCUUAUCUUCAUCAUCAUUAUCAUCAUCAUUAUCAACAACAACACAGAAAAGUCCCAGUGGUCCUCCGUCGUCAGAGGUUUCAAAUUCAGCCACAGCUAAUUUAAAGAGGCCUGGGGAGCAUGACUGCAGUGGGGAGCUAAGUUCCCCUGAUGUGAAAAAGAAGAUUCAUCACGUAACGUGGCCCUGACCCUGCGCUCAAUGGGGCUGCCUCCCAGAGGAGACCGCCCUGAAGAUGGAGGGAUGGAUGGAUGGAUGGAGAGAGAGAUGGAUGGAGAGAGAGAAGAAGACGGAUCACCACCCACUGGUGUCUGUCAGACAGACUCUAGCCUCCCAACACGAGUGACAGUUUUGGAUUGUAUGGAGAUCUCUACAUGCCCGUCUUGAUGCAUGUUCUUCUGGUGCCAGCCUGCCUCUGUAGAGAUUCAACACACAGACCCACACCUGAAAACCUCACUCUGAAUGCCUUGAUGAAUGCACAAGCCCCCUCCCCAAUGCUUCCUAUUUAUUGAACGACACAGUUUGUAUUGAGCACCAAGCCUGUGUAAAAUGACAUCAUGUAAAGAGUAGAGGAUGAUGUUCAGGAACCAGAGAAGUCUGCUGUUGGCAUGUGAUGUGAUGUCCAGACUGGAAUGACUCAUCCGGAAAGCAUUUGUGCCAGCAGUUUUAUUUUAUAAACUACCUAUCCAUAGUGUCUGCACACCUGCCUUCUUUAGUUGUGCAGAAAUUGUUUAGUUUUAAUUCCCUCAUAGUGACAUUAAUGUGGAAUGAUGUGUUUUUUCACAUGAUUAGAUUUGAGAGAGUGUGUACUGUAUGUGUGCUUGUGUGUGCGUGUAUUGAGAAGAGUGCUUUUACGGAACCAUCUGUACGAUGUGACAAAUGAUGACAGCUGUUAGAUCUUAUCGUGGGUAGUUUUUAGCUCCCUUGGCUGUCUUCACCAAUAUCAGCUUCUUGUGUUACAGGCGGUUUUAACUUUUAAUGCAGUUGGAUGGAUAAGAAUCGCACAGAAGGCAGACUUGAGCUAUGAUAAUUUGUCUGGUUUUUCUCCAAGGAUACAGUUUCUUCCCUGGCCUAUGUGUUGAAGGCUCUGGAUCUAAGGGCUGCCAAAUGAGUAAAGAUAUCUGCACAAUUAACAGCUGCAAACUCAACACCAUUGCAAGAAGAACCAGUGCAUAGAUCUCAGUACUGGCGUACUGUGAGAAUAGACCUUUUUCAGGUUUCUUUUUUUAUUGGCAAAAGGGGAAAAUGUUGAUGCAUUUUUAGUGCAAUAAACUUACACAAAGAAUCUGAAAGUCUUUGAAAGAA